GAGAAGAACCGAAACCACCUUGUCGAUCUUUGCUUAACACAGAUCUCCCCUCAAAAACCAAAAGAUAAGAAACCAUAACCUAGUCCGCAUCAAAUCAAUCAUACGUAGCCACCACACGACCAGAACCAUAUCAGCAUUCUGAUGACAACCUUUUAUUUCGCAAAAUUUCACUGAAUCGAAUCGAAAGCUGUGAUAUUUCAGAUAAUCUGAUACCGAACACUGCACGAAUGGGAAUCAGUAAAACAGAAGUAAACUUAAGAAGACUGCUUGCAGCUGCUCCUCAGCAGCAAAACCAGGCAAAACUUGUACAUUAUGUUGCUACUUUGCGAGAACAAUUGGAACAGUUGGCUGAAGAGAGGACACAGGAAGGCUUACCGAGGAUUUCAAAGUCUGUGUUGAAUGAUUAUUCAGAGAAGAUAGAAGCUAUUGCUUCGAAAUUGGUUAGCCACGUGCCUGAUAUACAAGUAUCCGAGAAGGACAUUGAAAAGAAUUCUGUGAAGGAAAAUCCUUCUGAAAUUGAGGAAAAAAAGCAGAUACUUCUUUCUUCUGGAUUGAGAAGAAGGCCUGUACCUUCCUCAAGUACUGAAGAUAGAGCACAUGAGCCUGCUGAGACUGAUCAAGCAUCACCUGUUAAACUGGAUGCUGCAGCACAUGCACACAUUGACAAGCACCGAAAGCUUCAAGAGGAUUUGACUGAUGAGAUGGUGGUGCUGGCAAAACAACUUAAAGAGAGUAGUCUCAUGAUGAACCAGUCUCUUCAAAAUACUGAAAAGAUACUUGAUUCUACCGAGAAGGCCGUUGAGCAUAGUUUGGCAAGCACAGGCCGCGCCAAUGUGCGAGCAACAGCAAUAUACUCGGAGAGUUCCAAGACUUCUUGCUUAACGUGGCUUGUGAUGUUUGUGAUGACAUGUGUAUUUGUCAUGGUUAUUCUUCUAAUCCGUGUCACAUAGACUAGUAUAGUUCACAUUUCACUGGGUAAAACGAAGGAAAAUGUUUUCUUGUACAUUUAAAGUGAGAUCUUUUUUGUGUAUUUUCUUUGAUUUUGCUGGGUGUUUUUGAGAUAUAUGUAUAGGAAGAAAAUGCAAAUAAGAUAGAGAUAGUUGUACACGAUGUUAUAUAUGGUGCUAAUUUUAAAAUG